AUGAAUUAUAACAACACAGCUACUACAAACAAAGAGCCAAAGCUUCUUGUAUCUAAGUUAUCAAAAUGUGGAUUUCUUUUAAUAUUUGCAAUGUUUGUUGUUAUUGUAACUUUCUGUAUUAGUAUAUCAAUGACCAUCCCAAAUCCAUGGUUUUCUAAAACCCUAUCAACGUGGGAUUGUGACGAGAAGGUCUCUAGUUUUGAUAAAAAGAUAUGUCACGGUAUUGAUUUAAAUGAACAAAAAACAAAAUUAACUGUUGCUUUUGGACCAUUUACAGUAUUAAACCAAGAAACACGUAUAUCAUUAAUACCUCAAAAGAGAUUUGGUAGAGAAGGAAUAUCUGCAAAAGGAAUUACUGAAAUUAGUUAUAAGUUAUAUGGAUCAGCUUUACCUAUUGAUAAAACUAGUAAAGUUAAUAUCAACUCAUUAGAACUUCUUGAAGAAAAAACAAUAACAAGAAAAAUAAAAUGCCCUGCAUCAAAAGGUCUUGAUUGUAAAGCAAUUCCACUUGUUUCACAAAUUUAUUUAACACACCCAAAUUACCUUCUCGAAUUUACAUUUACACCAACUGAUAUUUCAUUAGGAGAUAUUAUUGUAGAAAAUUCAUAUAUUUCUACUUCAUACUCAGUAUUUGAAAUGUUUUGGAGAAUGGCAUUUAUUUUGUUUUCAAGUUUCUGUUGUAUGUUAUAUCUUUCAUCAAUUAAAGGUAUCCCAAUUAAUCAAUGGUGUCAUGAGCAAAAGUGGACAUUUAUAUUAAACAUUGUAUUAAUAUUAUUUAAUAAUCCAUUCUUCUUUUAUGAAUAUGUAGUAGAUAGUGUAACAUUCUUAUUAUUUAAUACUGGUAUUGAAACAUUCUUUAUCUGUUUCUUAAUGUUCUAUGUUCUUUCCAUGUUUGAAGCAUUACGUAAACCAUUAAAUGUAAGAAAAUCAUUUAGAUUUAUUCUUCCACGUGCAUUGUUAUUAUUAACAUUAUUUAUAUUAGUUUUCACAGAGUUAAUGUAUAAUCGUACAACACCUAAUUAUUCUAUUACAUUAAAGGGAAUUGAUGAUCCUGCAAAUGUUGUUUUAUCAAUUUGUAUUUUAGGUGUUAUAGUGAUUUAUGUCUUUUGGUUAGUAUUUGGUAUUAUUCGAACUUAUUCAGAAAGUAGAAAAUUAGGACCUGUUUCAUUACGUUUAAAAUAUUACGGAGGAUUUACUAUCUGUGUAAUUAUACUGUAUUUGUGUCUUUUAAUUGCUGCUAAUUUCAUGGGAUACCACAAUAAUGCUUCAAUUACUUUGACUACAUUGGCUUAUGUCAACCUCUAUGUUAUGGUUUUAACUGUUUUAUAUCUUCCUGUAGAAAUGAAUAACCUUCCAGGAAAUCAUUCAAGUCUUCAAAAUAAUGUGAUUCAUUUAGAUGAAGAGAUUAAAAGUGGAGAUGAUGAUUUAAUUGUAGUAGAUGAUGAAAAAGGAAAUGACCUUAUUGUCAUUGAUGAGUAG